AUGAGUGAAGGCUCAGGUAGUGGUUGUCUUAGGAGGACCACAACAAACUAUUUUACAAUAAUUAAACAGAUACUUAGAAAGCAACAUACAAAAACUACUGAAGAAAUAGAACAUAUGCAAGAAAUAGAAAAUACUACUAAUGAAACUAAUGAUGCUAAGGAUAUCCAAACUAUAACUGAAAUUGAUAAUACCAAUAGAACUAAUAAUGAAACUCAACUUGACACCUCAACCAUCGAACCAGUCUUAGAAAAUAAUCUAACAGAAGGAAACCUUGACAAGAUUAUGCCAGAAUUCAAUGGAAAAGAUAAAAUGAUCUCAGUUAUUUUCAAUGACAAAGAACAAAUAAGGAAUUCUGUAACAAAAGAAAAAUGUGAAAUUAAAUUGUGGGACAUUCCUCAUGGAAUUAAAUACAGUGUAUUAAAAACUGAUUUAACUCUCCAAUUUGGGGAAGUAGAACAUUUAACACUCUGCCCAAUUGGAAUGUGGCAAUGGACCAUUAUAAUAUUUAAAGAAGAAAAAAAUUGCAAAAGAAAUAUUAGGUCAAUGGAUGUUACUGCUAGAGAUAUUAUUUCAAAUAUUAAAAACAUAGAUGUAUUAACAUGCUAUAUACUUAGAACUAGAAACUAUAGGAAAAAACCAAUAGCAAUACUAUCUUUC